UGAUGUCCCAAGUUGGGGUACAACAUGGCCAAACCCAAGAAGCUCAGGAAGGUGAUCUUGGGUGUUGUUAUAGGGAUAAUUUGUUCGCAGUUUUUCUUUAGCGCGGGUAAUUUUUGUCGGCCUAGGAUAGUGCGCAGAUCGGCCAAAGCGGAUAAGUUGGAGAGUUUGGAGAAGUUUUAUACUGAUGAAGGAAGGAAAAAUCUUCUAUUUGCUGGCGUGAUGACCGCGAAGCAGUACCUCGACACGCGGGCCAAGGCCAUCUACGACACCUGGGGCAAAGACGUACCCGGCAGAACGGUCAUUUUCUCGUCGGAGAACUCCACCUCCGAGUACCUUCCCCUGGUGGCGCUCAGGGGCAUCGAUGAUUCGUACCCGCCCCAGAAGAAGUCCUUUGCCAUGCUCAAGUACAUGCACGAUCAUUUUAUUGAUCGGUACGAGUGGUUCCUGAGGGCGGACGAUGACGUUUAUAUCAGGAACAAUAAGUUGGAGGAGAUGUUGAGGGGUGUGGAUUCGAGGAAGCCGUUUUUUAUCGGGCAGACUGGUAGAGGAACGAAGGAGGAAAAAGGACAUUUAUCUUUAGAUUCGGACGAGAACUUCUGUAUGGGUGGUCCGGGUAUAAUAAUGAGCCGAGAAACCCUGAAGAGGAUAGCGCCGUACAUCGAGGAGUGCCUUCGAAACCUCUACACCACUCACGAGGACGUUGAAGUGGGAAGGUGCGUGAGACGAUUCGCCGGUGUGUCAUGUACUUGGAACUACGAGAUGCAAGUUAUAUUUUACCAUAACAACAGUGGGGAGACCGCAUUUGGUGGGAAUUUAAAACACAAGGAGGUGCAUAAAGCCAUAACUCUACAUCCGCUGAAGAAUCCAGAACAUAUGUAUAAGUUACAUACUUACAUGCAGGGCUUAAAAAUACAGGAGGCUCUCCAACAAAGCAUUCUUCUUCACAGAGACAUAGCAACUUCAAUGAAACAAUUAGGCUAUAGGAUAUCUAGUUUAGGGACAGCCAAUUUGACAUCAAACGUAUCCCUUUUUCCUGUAAAGAAGGGUCAAGAGGCGUAUUUAGGAGACACCGGUCUUUUGGGGACACCAGUUGGUAUUACGAGGUACCAACCUAAGAAACUCGAAGACGUUCUUGAAUGGGAGUUGAUUUCGAAAACGCUUUAUUCCCAUAGGGAUUUGAAUCCUAGAAGAAGAAUAGGUUCCUCUAUCAAAGAGGGACUGGCAGAUGUCACUAGAGAGAUUAUGGAACUGAUCAAUUCUUUUUCAAAACAACGAGGCCGUAUAAUAGAUUUUAAGGAAAUUUUGUACGGAUACUGGAGACUGGAUCCCCUACAUGGCGUAGAUUUAAUUUUGGACUUACUUUUGGUCUACAAGAAGUACCGAGGACACAAAAUGACGGUUCAAGUACGCAGACACGCGUAUGUGCAACAAACCUUUACAGGUAUCUUUAUCCGGGAAGUUCCAGAUCCUUCAUCACCUGACUUUGUCUCUUCCUCCAACGGAGAAGACAAGAACAUACUCAACCAAUUCAUCAACCGACUCAGCAACAACUUGCCACCUCUACUCAGCUUCACCCAAAGCGACACCAACAAGAAACCAUCUCAAAUCAACUUUCUCCUACCCCUCAGCGGUCGUCACACAACCUUCGUUCGGUUCCUCAAAAUGUACGAAGAAGUGUGCAUCAAAAACUGGGAGUCUACCACACUCUAUGUGAUUUUAUAUCGAAGUAUAGACUCUCCUCACGAUUAUACUUUAAGUAAAAAACUGAUUAAUCAAGUGAAUUCUAGAAUUAAACGGACGUACAGAAGUGAUUACAGGACUCACGGGUCUAUUGUGAUUAUUGAUGGGGGGAAGUAUAACGAAACCUUCUCCAGAGCAAGUGCCUUACAGAAAGCAGUCAAUACUUUGAGUGAUUCUGAUUUAAUGCUUUUUAUUGAUGUUGAUAUUGUGUUUGAUCAAAAAUUCUUGGGGAGGGUUCGGAAGAAUACGGUUAAAGACAGGAGUGUCUAUUUUCCGAUAGUCUAUAGUUUGUAUAGUCCAAAACUCUUGGACAUAGGAAUCGAAUCAUAUAGUAAAGUAGAUUUUUCAUACUUCACCGAGAACCAGACUGAUUCAAACCGAGGAUUUUGGAGACAGUUUGGAUUUGGUAUUGCAUCAAUGUACAAAGCAGACUACCAAGCUUUGGGUGGUUUUGAUCUGAGCAUCACCGGAUGGGGUACCGAAGAUGUCACAUUUUUCGAUGGAGUGGUUCAGAGUCACACCAGAAGAAUCUUUAGAAGUGUGGACCCAGGUUUGAUACACGUGUUUCACGAAGUUAAAUGUAAUUCGGACGAUUUGGACCUAGAACAGAGAAACAUGUGUCUGGGUACGAAAGGUAGUACGCUAGGGUCGAUGGAGACCUUGCAGAAAAUAUUUGAGAAAUAUAGAAAGUUGUUUAGGUAGCAUUUAGUACUGAGUGCAUAGAGUAUCUUUUUCUUGAAGCAGUACUGAACGUUGUUGACAUUUAAUUUAUUUUGAAGAGGAUUUGGACAUGUUAUUUGUGUUAAAUCUCCUUUUUUAACGUGACGUAACGACUCUAGGCGGAUUUACAUAUGUAUUAAUACACUAUAUAAAAUAAACUUUUACUCACGUGAUUAAA